UGUCGGCUUUAGUCGCUCCGACCGCGAACACCCGCGCACACGUUGCGCCGCCGCGCACCGGCUCCAUGCAACAGGCUCGCCGAUAACGCGCUCUAUUUGAACGUAACAAUCACUCUAACUGCACUAUUGAACCCAUUCACACUUACUACGGACCAUUAUCGAAUUACGUUUUACGACGUCCCAAAUUGUAAGAUUCGUUGUCGUUUCGCUCCCAAACCGGCUCUGUGACCAUAUGAUCCGCAUUACAGUGGAACUGUUGCCCGAUUUCCGAUAUCGGUGGGCAGUCACGAUGUGGAUCUUAAGUUGAAGUGCACACUGGAUUAUUGUGUUGAUGGACACAUUUGGAAACUAAGUGACAGAAGAUUGUAAGGUGUUGUGUUUAGUGACAUUACAGUGUUGGAGAUGUGAAUGUUGACGUUGAAUUUAAUGUAUUAGUGUUGUUAUUGAAUAAGUGCAAUGGCUGGUGCUAGUGAGGAGGGUGGUGGUGUGGAGGAGACCACUCCCAGUUCUGCGGUCGAAGGGCGCGGUAAGCGCGGCCUGAGUGGGUCCAUGUCGCUGCGCACGCGCAAGCUGGGCCGGCGCCUCUCGCGCAGCAUGUCCAUCGUAGCGCUGAAGCUACCGGAGAAGGCGCAAAGCAUCACACGCUCUUCGUCGAAGCUGAUGAGAUCUGGCAACCGCGACAAAAAGAACAGAUCAUUCGAGCUCUCUAUUAUAUUGCCGGACAAGACACAGAAACAGGUGACAGUGUGGGGCAACAAUACGGUGGCAGAAAUUGUUUGUGAUCUGCUGAACGAGCUCGGAGCAGUUUUAACUGGACUACCCAGUGGGCCACUAUCAGCCCCUUUGGCGUUACCCCUCGGUGGAGAUCUCCCACCGCCAGACUCACCGCCUCCUGCUCCACCAGUAGCCCUGCUCUUUCUUGGAGGAUCUAAAGCUCCCGUGGAACCUAGAGCAUCUGCAUCCGUGUUGGAAGGGGAGGUACUUGUCGUGGAAUACCAACCACCACAAUGGGACGGUCGAGAUCUGGAAACGUUCAUCGCCUGGGAAAAGAUUUAUGCUUCAACACUGUUUUCGGCGGUGGAGUUGUACGGGAAGCCACUACUGCGCGCCGCUGUCAUCACCAAAGAAGAAUAUCAUCUUCUGUUCUACUUUUUAGAAUCAGUCUCAGAAGCUAGUGAAGCCCUCACGGAACGUAUGAGGAAAUACAUUGAUUCUGGUUUAUUGAUAAAUGAUUCUAAACAAGAAGAUGAAGAUCUUAAUCUGUUAGAGAAAUCAAUAAUCGAAGAAGAACCGAAAAGCUUAUUAACUGAACUCAUUCAGGAAGGUGUGAUCACUCAACAUGAUGUUGACACAUCUUCAGUGAUAACGAACUCGGAAUUUAACGAGUCCAACGUUACUGACAAUAGAAAAAUUGAUGACGACAAUCGAUCCAGCGUUUCUUCUGUCAGUCUACGCAAAGUAAUCGUCGACAUACCCAUAGAAUGUGACGACUCAGUAGUCGACAGCUCUAUUGUAGAAACUAACGAUAACGUGACCACCGUCACUAUCAGAAGCAGUGGACAAUGUUGUGCUGAUCACAGGAUAUCAGCAGACGCCAGUGAGAACGUAUGGGCAAACGUUCGGUGGGAUUUUCUCAAUCCUACGGAUUUUGGCUACGAUCAAAUACCAAGUGUAAAAAGAACUCGUUCUGAGUCAGCGUUAACUCCAGUUUCUCAAAGAAAAAAUGACGAUCUUUAUGAGAGGCUUCACGAUCAUGACGUGGAAGCUGAAUCGUGUGGAAGUAUAACUCCUUAUGAGUCAAUAGAAGAUUUAUACGAUUGUAUAAAGAAUGCCCAAUACAGCAGUGCAGCUGCUGAGGAGUCCUCACCGUCGACUGAGAGUCAGUCAGAGCCUCAGUUCCCGGAUUACUAUGAAAAAGCGAGCACCACUCGACAAAGUUCCGCAAGCAGUGAAAAAAGCGGAGCCUCAUCCGCGUUUCCGUUUUCGAAAUGCGGUUCGAGCGAUACGGACGCGUUCACAUCGUGUGACUCGACUAGCGGGAUAAGUACUUUUGCUACAAAAAGUAUCCCGGAGUCGCUCAAGUGUCGCGAGCUACCACCUCCUCCGUCAACGGAUGGAGUUUCAAGUGAGAGCGCAAUCCUCCUGAAGCAGUUAUUUACUGGAGAGCUGCUAGACGCCUACGGAGAGUUCCUGACGGCGUAUCCUUACGCUCGAGCGUUGCUACGCCGGAAAGCGCGACGCGACGAGCACUUCGCAGCCCUGGCUGACAUUCGAAGAGGCGCUGCCAAGUAUACCAUUAGCGACUACCUCGAAUUGCCGAUUGAGCGAUUGGCGCAAUAUGAGCGGCUGGUUGGUGGAGGCUGCGCGCGCAGAAGGGCAGCGCGUCUCUCUGACCUGGAGCGCGUACAGGACCUGUUCCCCCACGACUACCUCGCGCUGCACGACGCUGAUGCACCUGCAGCUCUGGCCUCGCACCAUGCUCAGAAACAGAAAAGCCUGCGUAAGCGACCGAGCCUGGACAUCAGCGGGACCAUCAGUGCGAGCAGUAGCUCCCUGUCCCCGCGCACCUUCAUCAUGGAGGCGCCGGUGCAGCUCAGUCCACUCGGCACCACCUCCCCGCCGCUCGACCGGCAUCUGUUCCUCUUCAGCGACCUCCUGCUCGUCGGCAAAGCAAGGGGAACCAACUGCUUCAAACUCAAAGAAAGUGUCCGCCUGGCUGAAGUGUGGAUCUCCUUAUCAGACGGUGAUGACACAGGGUUCAUGAUCGGGUGGCCCACCAUCACCGGUGUCGCCAACUACCUCGCCAUUUACCCCACGCAGGCGGCACGAGACACUUGGUAUAGAAAAAUACAAAAUGCUUUAACCGCCCAGCUGUCGACUGAACCAAAAUCGACGAAUAUUCAGAUAUUUUAUAAAGACGCGACGAGUUCGAUUGAAUUUUGUAAGACAGUGUCAGUGAGCCCGGAGAUGAGCGCGCACUGCGUGGUGCGGCAGGCGCUGCAGGUGCUGCAGAACGGGAGCACGGAGCCCGACGCCGACGGCGACGCCGACGACCACGAGACGGACACACGCUGGGGAGCUGUCAACGAGUUCACUCUCUGUGUUCGCACCUCCAGAGACGCACCGCCCACUCCGCUCAGGGGCAUCGAGAGACCUCACGCUGUGCAGAUGUCAAGAAUAAGGCAAACGCUAUCUAACGAGGACGGGUUUGACCUUGAACAUGUGAAUGCUAAGAACAAUCCGUGUGGACUGGUCUUCGAACUGAGGAAGAAAAAUCAGGGUUUAAAAAACGGCAACUCGACUGGCGGGCGAGGGUUGAGGCUGCUCCGUCGUGGCGGAAGGCUGUUCGGCGUGGCUCUGACCCGGCUGUGCGGAGGCGCACCGCCGCCCGCGCUGCUACUGGCCAUGCGUCGUCUGCGAGCACUCGCGCCGCUCACUCACGGCGUAUUCCGCAGAAGUGCUAAUGCUAAAGCGCUAAGACUGCUUAGAGAUAAGUUGGACACACUGGGUCCCUGGGCGGAAGGCUGUCCGGAGUUGGAGCGAGCGCCAGUACUAUUGCUUGCUGCUCUAGUGAAAGAGUUCUUCCGCGCGCUGCCCCAGCCUUUGCUCUCCGCAGAUCUGUACCCUGCUUGGCUUCAAGUUCUAACGUUAUCACAAAAUGAGAAAGUGACGGCGGUGCGCUCGCUGCUCUUGAAGUUGCCGAAGGCUCACUACACGAUGCUGACCUACUUCAUAUGUUUACUGCAAGCUAUCGCUAAGAAGUCAAACAUAAAUCUCAUGUGUCCCAUGAACCUCGGCGUAUGCGUCGGUCCUAGCUUACUAUGGCCCAACACACCCUGCGACAAAGCUCCAAAAGCAGUGCCAAUGGUCGUAGAACUCCUGAUCGUUAAAGCGGAAGCUUUGUUUGGACCACAGAUUUCUGGUCUACUGGGCAAUGGUAACCCUGAGUCUUCAAAUGCAUUAUUAGACUCUGGAGCCGAGGAAAGCGAUAGUCUGCAUUCAGUCGGAAUAUCCUUAGACUCUAUGGAACUAUCAACACCACGUAAGGAAAAGCUAUCGCUAAGCCGAGACUCAGGACUGACGCUCUCAGAAGACGAUUCAAACAGUAACGGAGGAAACAGCCCCGCGCCUCGAAACAUCCUCCACAGCAUGUCCGCGCCCACGUGCAACAUGCAGCAAGAAUCUAAGCUAGUAGCGCGAUACAAUAUCGAUAAUCAUAAUGUAAGCGGCUUGCCUCAAGUCAACCAAAGGCAGAAUAUUUAUUCCAACAAAGCGGAACUUUACAGCACUGUCAAUGAAGAGUUAUAUACUACGCCAUAUAUGGGAGAGAGAUAUGUACAUAACUCCAUUAACAUUGGUAUAUCGAAUGGUAUAGAUGAAAGGAAUUAUAUACCAAAGAAAGGAUUGCAACGUUCGACAGCUGAUAUUUACGAACAAAGCCCAGCUAAAUAUAUAACGGGUUUAGAGCCCCAAAAACCACCAAGAAGUAAUGUUUCAAAGGCAGCUCGAAUCAAAGUGUAUAGCAUGUUUGCAGAAACUCAAGAAGCAAACAAAAAUAUCUCUAACAAAAAUUUCAACAGAGCCAAGAGCUCAGACAAUCUCUUAGAAUCAAAGCAAGAAAAUUUCGACAGUAAACGAGACCUGGUUUCUAGUCAAGAAAAUAUUGUGUAUAGUAACAUACACGAUCUAGCCAUGUUUACAGAAAAUAUUCAACGACAGAAUCAUUAUCAAUCACAAGCAGAAACAGUUUCUAACACGAAUUAUGCUAGAGUGUAUACAGGUUGGGAAAAAAAGAGUGCCAACUAUACUAGCAAAACGAACAACAACAAUACGGAAAAUAUAUAUGGGCAGAUGACGAAGAAACAGGGAGAACCAUCACAAUCAAAAGCGGACGGAAAUUUAACACCGGCAGCCACCAUUUUUACACGAAAUGACUGGACUCGUCAAGCAGCUAGAACAAAAAGUUUAGAAGUUAGCGAAGAAGUCCUCGCAAACGCGGACAAAUUACGCAACGGCAGCUAUGAAGUAACAAACUGUUGCAGGAAGAGACGGUUUGAUCCUGCACACAUGUGCACUAAAAGUUGCACCGCUCAACCGGCGAACAGAGAGCAGGAGAAACAUACCCCUAAUCCUUUACAAAACUCGUAUUCUUAUGUCGACAGCAUACAGAACACCAAUUCAGAAGACCACAAGAAAUCAAGGCUACGCAAUUACAACACGAAUAAAUUAAACCAAUCAAAAUCUUUGGCUAAUAUCAUACUCCACAGUGAUUCGAGUAGUAGCGACACUUUGUACCAGCCUCAAAAUUCGUUCAACAGCCGAUCUACGGAGUCACCGGCAAGCGAAAACUCCUUUGAGAAUUGCUACACCACGCAAUAUAUUGAGCCCUUGUACACCUCGGUUUAUAACCGACGAAGAGACAUAUUUCACGACAUGAAAUCCCAAAACAUGUUCCCUUCUGACAUUUACAAAGCUACUCCGACUGCAGUCAAACCCGAAUACAACAAUUCGGAAUAUGAACGCAACAAUAAUAAUAAGGCUCCUCCCCACAUGCCUCCACCUGUGCCGCCAAGAAAAAUGGUGUAUCAGAGAGUGCUUAAGAAGUUCCAACCGGUGCACGUGAAUAAGGACGACAAGAACUCACGGUCUAAAUCUGUGCCGCGCCUGUUCAGGGAACCAUCCAACGGCGCCGACGCGAAAGACCAAAACAAUAUUAUAGCUUUAGAAGGCUCCGAGUCCGAUACGGAGUCCGAAUCCUAUGUUUAGACCUUUCUCAACUAAACACAAAAUUAAUGUAAGCAAUGAUUAAUGGAGACAUAUAUUUAAAUUAUUAAUAAUGCGUAUCCUACGUGUUGAAAUUGAAGUAACCAUGAUUUAUUUUGAACAAAUUUGUUAUAGGUAAACAAUGAAUUAAUCUCGAUAAGUUUUGAAAGAGUAUGUUUAAUAUCUUCUACGUUUCUAAGACCUUAAGACGACUAUGAAUUCAUAGGAAUUAUGUAGUUAAUAUCUAGAGAAUCCCGCCUUAAAAUUAUAAUGUGUGACCAUAACCAGAGUUGUUUUGGUGAUUUAAUUCCAAAGACGUAAGAAUAGUUUCAAACUAAAUGGUAUAAUGUAGAUGGAUGUAUCAAUGGGAUAUAACUUUAUUUUGUCCUAAAUCUAUUAAUGUAGGACAUAUUUAUGCCAAUCACUCGCUUUUAAAUUUUAUUUAACGUUAAAUAUUUGUGUAACACCGCCCAUAAGGACCGGUUCACACGUACGAUCCGACGAGCUAUGUAUCAGGCACAGUAAGAGUUCUCUUAGUGCGCUGACCAGUAAAGUCCUGCAGAUGGCGCGUACAUGUGAGCCGCUAAUUAAGGUCUAUAUAAUUAUGUGUCUAGCGCUGUAUCAAAUAAAUGAACCCUUUGGGUAUAGUCUAAUAACUGAAAAUAUUGUAAUAAUAUUUGACAAUGUAAUUAAUGAAUGCCUGCCGUGUAUAUAAUGUAGAUAAUUAUAUUGUACGUACAUUUUUAAUAAAAUAUAUUAAAUGGU